GUUGGAAAUGCGGUUCCAGCUUUUAACCAGCAGAUGGCGGUGCAACUCUGCCAACAGACGGAAGAAGAAGAUGAACUGAAACCGUUAACAGGUGUUCUGAGUCCAACAUGCCGCUGGGAUCAGACCAGCCCGGCGGGCGGCGCUUUCUGCUACCUGGCUGGGAUCCUGGAUCCUUCCCCCCCCCCACACACACACACGCCGACUUUCAGAAGUGCUCCGGACUUCCUGGUUACGGGACCAUGGAUACUCACCGCUAACACUCCAGGAAUGAGAAGGGAUUUUACCCGCAGGCGAUGUGAAGCAAGCGGAGCCUUCGUGUUGGAAGCAAGGUCAUGAGUUCCCCUCAGAAGGACCCAGCGGAGAUCAGCCUCACCUGCCCCACCCAGGCCUCGCCCUGCCCCCCACCCCCGCGCUCCCACCAUGACAGAAACACGAUGAGAGGAGAGGAGGGAAGAGCUGCAGGCUCGUUAAUUAGGAUCUGCAGGAUGUGAAGAGCAGAUCGAGGAGCCAGCUGCAGCGGGAAGUUCCACCGCUCAGGACCUUUUGAUCUGCAGCAUCCAGCCGGGGACGGAAACAAGCCGGCGGAGGACGGCUCCGCUCCGGAUCGCACGCAGCAUGACGAGGGCGCUGCGCCGCGGCGGCCGGCAGCGGAGAGGUCAUCGCCACGCUGCUGCUUCACUCAACGCAGGUGAAACAGCAUGACGGACGGUUAGUGGAGGAAAUACUGAAGACGCCCGACACACAGGAAGCAGGAAGCAGAGCCUUGAUUUCACUGGAAACCAGCGUCCUGGAGGAGUCAUGCUGCGGGCCAGCUGAUGAGCGAUGAGGCUGAGGGGCGCAAGAGCCGCCGCCGCCUCAUGGCUCCUCCCACUGGAUAAGCAUGCAGGUCCUUCAGAUCGUCAAAGAGCUGGUGUCUCCAUCCAGGCACCGGGCAGCCGCGCGAUUCGGAGCUUCUGAUAGCAAUCAGGAUGCGGCAUUGAAACUGGAUCAGGAAAGGGCAGAAAUCGUCUCCAAAUAUGACAAGGGUAAAGAGGCCACCGUGGAGCCCUGGGAGGACACCAACUUCCAUCUCUACAAAGUCAUCGACCGUUUCGGAUUUGUCCAUGAGAACGAACUGCCAUCAUACGACUCGCUGGAGGAGAAGCAAAAACACCUGGAGGUGGAGCGGAUCACCAAGUGGCUGAAGAUGCUGAAGAGCUGGGAGAAAUACAAGAACAGCGAGAAGCUCGUCCGGAGGAUCUAUAAGGGCGUUCCUCUGCAGCUGCGAGGGCAGGUGUGGUGCCUGCUGCUCGACGUUCCCAAAAUAAAAGAGGAGAAGAAAGACUUCUACGAGAAGCUGAAGUCCCGGGCCAGAGCGCUGUCCCCCGACGUCCGGCAGAUCGACCUGGACGUGAACAGAACCUACCGGGACCACAUCAUGUUCAUGAACCGCUACGACGUCAAGCAGCAGGCGCUCUUCCACGUCCUCACAGCUUACUCCAUGUACAACACGGAGGUCGGGUACUGCCAGGGCAUGAGUCAGAUCACGGCUCUGCUGCUCAUCUACAUGAACGAGGAAGACGCUUUCUGGGCUCUGGUCAAACUGCUGUCAGGGCAGAAGCAUGGCAUGCACGGGUUCUUCAUCCCGGGCUUCCCGAAGCUGAUGCGCUACCAGGAGCACCACGACCGGAUCCUGAAGAAGAUGAUGCCCAAACUGAAGCAGCAUUUGGACAACCAGGAGGUUUUCACCAGCCUGUACACCAUGAAGUGGUUCUUCCAGUGCUUCCUGGACAGAACUCCCUUCACCCUGACUCUCCGGAUCUGGGACAUCUACAUCCUGGAGGGGGAGCGCGUGCUGCCCGCCAUGUCCUACACCAUCCUCAAACUGCACAAAAAGCACCUGUUGAAGCUGUCCAUGGAGGAGCUGGUGGAGUUCCUGCAGGUCACGUUAGCCAAAGAUUUCUUCCUGGAGGACGACUUUGUGAUCGAGCAGCUGCAGGCGUCCAUGACAGAGCUGCGGCGGGCCAAGCUGGACUUCCCAGCGCCAGCUAAUGAGGAUGAGUUUCCUAAGAAGCUGUUGGGGCAGCUUCCUCCAGAGGUCGCAGCGCCGCAGAUGAAUCACGUGGGCAACGGUCAGAGCCACACAGAGCCAGCCGAGCCUCUGAGAGACUCCAGUCCGGUACCGGGACGCCAGCAGGACAGUCGGCCCCCGAGCCGGGCACGCAGGGACUCACUGGAGAAACCGUCCCGCCAUCACAGAACGGAGAAAUGGGAUGCCCACUCCAGGAGAUCCAACGAGCUUCUGAACGAGCAACCAAAGCAGUCUGCCUCCACCACACCAGAGAGAGGAAUCACUCCGUCAACAGCCCCCACCCCAACGCCUAGCCGCAGUCCUCAGAACCACGCCACCGCCAACCACAACUCCAACGCAGCUUCCAGUUCCCGUCAAAUCAUUGGCCCCCGCUGGGUCAAACCCUCCGAGACGAAGCUGGAAGCGGUCAAAGCCGCCGCAGCGCGAGAGACGCAGCAGAGUCGAGGGGCAUCACCGGCUCCAUCCAGCCCCAACGAUGCCGUUUAUGCUCAACGACGACCCCGGCCCAAGGGGUUCAUCCCUGGCUCUGAUCGGGGCUCCAAUGCCUCCCAGUAUGACAACGUACCAGGACCAUCAGAGCAGGAGUUUGAGAUUCUGGAGCUUGAGAAGCCUCCAUUCAGAAUGAGGGCCCCUCAUAAUGAGUCUCCCUUUACCGUACCAGCACCACACCAGGCCAGCAACGUCGUCUCGGCCUCAACAGGGCCCAGAAUGACCAAGCAUCACCUUGCCCCUCAGUUUCCACACAACAGUCCCCCAGGGUUACCUACCGGCUACCCCGGGGCUCGGAGUCUGUACAACACCCCCCCUAAACAGCCCUCUCCAGGAAGAACUACAACCGAAGUUCCCAUCCUCCACCCAGGCUACAGCGUGAGCCUGGACCACCGAGGGGAGGACAAACUUUACACAGACCCCAGCACAUCAUAUAGGGAACUGGUGUAUGCCACCACCCAGCGGCGGCCCAGCAACCUUUCUCCUGAGAAGGCGCUACAAAAUAACUCGUUUGCCACCUACCGUAGGCAGCCAGAGUCCACCCGAAACCUUCAGAGCAGCUCCACUCCAAUCUACUUGCAGCAACUAACGUCAACCACACAAAUGCAAACUUCCCUAGACUACAGAUUUGAGGAAAACACCCACUUCAUGCCAGGAGGCAGGCCUCAGCCAAUCGUAGAUGGCUUCCAAUGGGAGCCAGACGAUGAGCGCCCUCCUCAGUCCCCCGGUGGAAUGAAUCGUUCACCCAGUUUCCAGCAAGCCCAAAUGUCUCCAGUUCAUGAGUUCACCUUCCCCCCUAACCCAGAUGUUCUCCCUCACUACAGGACACAGUUCCAGGAGCAGCGGCAACAGCACCCCCAGCUGUUUGGUGGACCACACUACAGGCACGCAUCAGAGGCUUUUGCCAUGCAAGAGUCGAUGCUGCUGUGACGUUAGGAUAAAAACUGAGGUGUAGUCACGGACACUGUGGUGAAGACGAGCAGAACUUGGUUCUGUUCCUGCUCUGUUGUUCUUUACAUGUGAACAAAACGCUGGAAGACACACCAGCCUCUGACAUUUCUACUGAUCGCUUUAAAAACUGAAGAUUUUAUUUUAUUUUUGGAUGUAAAUCAUGAACAGAGGUUACAAUAUAAAUAUAUACAUAUAUAUCUUUUAGAGUCUGAUGAUGUACAGUGGAUUUUUGUGUUAAUCUUGAGAGUAAAACAGAUUUUUUUUUAAUAUCUUACACCCAGGUAUUUAAAUCUGAGAUUAAUUCCCCCUGUUUGCUUCAGGAUGAUUUUUAUUAAAGGACCAGGGAGCUGAAAUGAUCGGGUUCAUUUCAAUCAUGGUGCAAACAGCAGCUUAUGUUUGGUUUUUAGUGAGUCUUUGUUACAGUUCAGUAGCAAUUUUCAAUCAUAAUUAAUGUUUAAUGCAUUUUUCUAAUUAAGAAACCAGUUGUUUAUUUUUACACUUCAACCAUAAAUACUAAAUUACAUUAGGGCUAUAUAACUAUAUAUAAUUAAGUAACUAAACUGCUAGCAUUAGGGACCCAUUUUAGAUGCUGUAACAGCUACAGCGUCUGGAUCAGGAUGGAAACUUGUUUCAGAUUCAUUUCCAACCUUAUGUUUUGUUCAUGCCUGCUACCUUUUGACUACUGGACCGUGAUCUAGAACACACUACAUGUACCAUAAACGUUAUGCAUUUCAACUAUGAACUGACCACAUUCCAUUUUUUAUUGUUCAUUCUCUGGUUUAGAUGUUUUUAAACAGCAUUAAACUGAUUCUCGUUGCAAUUUCUAAGUUAUAUUUGCAUUUUGUGAAACAGUCAAACAGCAGUUUCUUCUCACAGUUUGUUUAAUAAAAGCAGGUGGUGAAAUUGA